UUUUGACAGCCAGCAAAGAGAUUUAAAAAAAAGUUGUGACACUGGCUGUUUCAGUUUAAAAAACACACUUAACUUUUUUAUUCGAGAUAAAAGUGUUAGUGUGGUACUUGAGUGCAAUUAUUCAAUAUGAAGGGCGGCAGCACAAUGAACAACUCUUCAAUGUUUGACUCCUACUACACCUUCAUGGAGAAAAACAGCGACCCCCGCACGGCGGACUGGUUCUUCGUGUCCGGCCUGGGUCCGCUGGUGACGUUGCUCAGCACCUACCUCUACUUCUGCACCUCAGUCGGGCCCCGGUUCAUGCGCGACAGAAAGCCCUUCGAGCUCAAACACACCAUGCUCGUGUACAAUUUCUCGCAGAUACUGAUGAGCGCGUUCCUGGUUUAUGAGGGCCUGGCGUCAGGGUGGUACAAUGACUACAGCUACACGUGUCAACCUGUCGACUACUCCGACAACCCUAAAGCGAUGCGAAUGGCUUCAGCGGUAUGGUGGUACUUCAUGACGAAGCUCAUAGAGCUACUGGACACGGUUUUCUUCGUGUUGAGGAAGAAGACCCGACAGAUCUCUUUCUUGCAUCUCUUCCACCACACGAUUAUGCCAAUCUGCGCGUGGAUCGGAACUAAAUUCUUGCCAGGCGGUCACGGCACUUUCCUCGGAGUGAUCAACUCGUUCAUCCACAUCAUUAUGUACGGCUACUACUUAGUGGCCGGACUCGGACCUGAGUACCAGAAAUACCUCUGGUGGAAGCAGCACCUCACCUCUUUGCAGCUGAUCCAAUUCGUCAUGAUCUUCACCCACAACUUUACUGUCAUGUUCCGCGACUGCAGCUAUCCCAAAGGCAUCAAUUUCCUCCUCUCCCUCAACGCCGGCGUCUUCAUCUAUCUCUUCGGCAAAUUCUACGUCGACAACUACAUCAAGGCCAACAGGAAGAAAAACGAUGAUGUCAAACCCGUCAGCAACGGCAAAGCGAAAGCGUGCUAGUAACUAUUUAUUCUCAUUAGUCAUGUACAUAUUAGUAUUAAGUAAUAUGUGAUUUAUAGAGUCAGUAACGAUAUUAGUAGUAGUCAAAACAAUAAUAGGAAGUAUUUCUAUACUUCCUAUUAUUUUUGUUGACGGCUUUUGCUACAUUAUCUGCAUUUUUUUUCAAAAUUAUUGAUUAAUUACAAUAUUUUACUGUCACAAAAUUCAUUUGGAUUGUAGUAGAGAUUGUAAGUGCUGUGGAAUAUCAAAAUAAUCUAGCUGAUUUAUAGUUGGGAGACGUUUUAUGUUAAACCUACUAGGAAUGUAAAAUAAUACUCUGACGCGAGAUAAUGCAAUAGCGUUCCACUAAAUAGUAAAUACAGCUAAAUAAUAGUUAUCAACUUAUCAUAGCACAAGUCAACUUGAAGUGAUAUACUUAGUUAUGUGCAGAUUUAGUAUAUUAACGUAGAAAAUAACAUGGUGCCUGAUUUCAUAGAACUGACAUAGAACGUCGUGCCUUGAAUCUUGAAAAAAGUUUCUGUUAUGUGUACUUCUAAAGUCUGUUUAGCAAUUUCUAUGAAUCUUGUAGUAAAUGCUGCUAUGAAACUGACUUUAUCAAACAAAAUCGACAAUUUAAACCCGCUCGUUAAAAUGUAAAUGUAGUUUAAUUUACACUUGCGUUGGAAAAUAGCAUUGUCUGCGAUAUUUCAUUUGUGGUUGUACAAUUUCUAGAGUACUGUAUUUAUUUAUUUAUAUCAGGCUACAUAGGCCCAUACAAUAAUAUAUACCUUUAUAAUAGUCAACAGAGUACUUUAAUGAUAAUGUCGUAUCAAUGUGAUCAUUUACUUGUAAGGUGAUAAAUACAGUAAGUUAUUUAUAAGUAUAAGAUAUUUUGAUUGGGUUUGAGGUUAUUUAAAUAAAAUAAUAUGUAUGUUUUGAUAAAUAAUGAUAAGUGUAGUUUUGAUUGUAGCAAUGAAGUUGUUUUAUACUUAUUUAUCUAUAAUGAAAGAGAGCAGGCCUUAAUUUUGUAUUACCCUUAGAGCCCCCGCAGACUACAGACUUUUUGUCGGCCGAUAGUUUGACCAAAUUGGGGUCGCGGUACAUUACUAUCGCCUAUUGGCCGAUACAAAUCGUUUAGUGUGCGGCGUGCGCACCUUCAUACGUCUUCUUACUGAUUAAGCUUUCAGUCAAACUAUCGGCCGACUAAAAAGCUGCAGUCUGCGGAAGCUCUAAUCUUUCACAAUUUUGCAUGUAUAAAAUGAGUGUUAAGUUUUGUAUGUUAUAUUUUUAAUAAAAAAUAUCUUU